AUGACAUCUUUACUCUUCCUGACGGCAAUUUCCGUCCUGAGCCAGCCAUGGCAGGUGGCUGCCGCUCCAACGGCGCAGUCAAACGCCUCCCGGCCCUGCGUUGACAUGCUCCUGUCCAUACCCAUCACCGCAAACAACUCCAUCUACGACAUUGCUCGUGUAGAUAACAACAUCGACGCCGUCGACUAUGUCUGGGAUCUCGAUCACUGGUCCGCGCCCAAUCCUACCGAGCGUGUUAGAGGCGCAAGACCUGUACACGAGACUUUUGCAAUCAGCGCCCAGCUCUGCGUUCCUCGGGACUCGAAUAAAGCGGGCAUCCUGCAGAUCGCGACGCAUGGCUUUGGAUUUGACAAACGCUACUGGGAUGCGGAACUACACCCGGAUAAAUACUCCUACAUUGACGCCGCGCUGAAUGCCGGCUACUCGAUCCUAACCUACGACCGGCUCGGUGUCGGCCAUUCCGACAAGCCUGACGCAUACGAGGUCGUACAGGUACCCGUCGAAACUGAGAUCCUGAAAGAGCUGGCGAUCCUCGCGCGCUCUGGUGCCCUUGCUGAAAAUGCGUCGUCGAUCCGAGUCCCCUCAUUUGACAAAGUCGUCCUCGUCGGCCACUCCUACGGCUCGGGCCUCACCAUCGCCGUCCUGGCAAAUUACCCUUCCCUAGCCGACGGCGCAGUCUCAACGGGGUUGAUCCCCAACACCCAGUUCGGCGCCGCCGGCCAGCGUGCCUUUGGUCUCGAGUACGCGCCUGCCAGCAACCCGUCCCGCUUCGGUGACCGAGGCAGCGGUUACCUUGUUCAGAGCACGGAGAGCAGCCUGCAGCAGAUCUUCUUCAAGAAGGGAUUCUUUGAGCCUGAAUUGUUGAAGUACGCAAAUAGCAUCAAGGAGACUGGCACCGCAGGGGAGUUCGUGAGUUUCCCUGUAGCACUAGCAAAGCCUGCUGCUGGGUUCAAGGGGCCGAUUCUGUUUGCUUUGGCCGAGUACGAUAUGGGGACUUGUCUUGGGGACUGUAAAGGGACGUAUAAUCUGACAAUGUUGCGAGAUGAGAUGUUUCCGCAAGCUGGCGAUGUCAAUGUGCAUAUUCAGCCUGGAAGUGGGCAUGCGUUGACGAUGCAUGUGAAUGCUACGGGGCAUUAUGAGACCAUCUUUGCUUACCUGAGGGAGCAUGGAUUAUAG